AGCAUUAGUGACACAUCAGUGAGUCGUACGUCGUGAGUGCGCAGUUUGCCCUGAACGCAACUUCUUCCGUCAUUCCUUUCCACUCUUCCGCACAAGGGACAGCUGCUUCUUGUGGCAGACAACAGACAAAGUGUGACGUGAUCCAAACGUGCAUUUGUGCAGACCUCGCGCCCGAUGUCCGUGUCGAAAGCGGCGGCUUUACAGGAACACAGGGAUCCCCGCAACAGCAUGGAUAACGAGCAAUCGAACCGGGACAAUAUCAGGAGAUACAGGACCGCCUUCACUAGGGAGCAGCUCGCACGCUUAGAGAAAGAGUUCAGCCGGGAAAACUAUGUUAGUCGACCCCGACGUUGCGAGCUUGCUCACGCCUUGGAUCUUCCCGAGGCCACAAUAAAAGUCUGGUUCCAAAAUCGUCGCAUGAAGGACAAGCGUCAACGGCAGUCCUUCGGCUUCCCGUGCGAUCCUCAGAUCGCCAUGUACUUUAUGCACGCUGCUGCGGCGGCAGCGGCUGCCACUACUUACGGGCCCUAUCCUCAAAUUCCGGGGAAUCUACCUUAUCCCUACUAUCCUGCGCCGAUCCGUCAAGUUUCACCAGCCGCACUGCAGCUCCCGCACACUUUCCCCGUCGGGAUUUCUCUCGCACCCUCAGAGAGAAGCAACUCACCGGCACUCACAACGAGCACCUCCGUGACUUCGACCAGCGCCACUCCGCAGAUAUCACCUUCUCAACCUAAAUUAUUCCGACCUUUUAAAGAGAUCUAAACACAUGAUCGCAGAGCCACAAUACCUAGUUGAAGCAGCUGUUGGGUAUGACAUGCUAGCUUCUCAAGCAAUACAGUCGAGUUUCUUCUUAUCAGCAGCGUGAUUCGUAACCUACCUCACAGCAGCGCCUCUAAAAGCACAUCUCGUCGGUGGAGGUUUUUCCACCGAUAUCACGAUCUCAAUCGAGACUAUGGGGUAUGCCGCCGCGCUGCUGUUAUGCGAGCAACGUUUCCUAAUAAAUUAAGUAAGCAUGCAAAAAUGGUAAAUUUCAAUCGCAGCUGGUAUUAGAGGGUCGGGUGUGGACAUGUCCUGUGUCUUGAACUAGUCAUCGUAAUCAUGGGUAGUGAUUUGAACUUAGUCCGACUGAGCUGCGAGCCGGCUAUCUUAUUGGUGUUGUAUAUAUUAGUAGCGAAUUUGUAAAUAUUGAAUAUUUCGUAUCCAUUCAGAAAAUAAAUCGUCAGUCUCCACGGAA